AUGCAGUCCACCAAAGCACCCGACUUUCUGGAUACCGGGGCCGUGUCCCGUUCGCGCAGUCCCAGUAUCGUAUCUAGCGACUCGCAAUUUUCUCGAGUCAACCUGGUGUCCCCACCGUCCGUAACGCCGUCCCCAGCGUUCAUCUCCUCAUCUGCAGCUUCAGAUAUCAUCUCUGCCGACCAGGAGUUCAACGCCGCCGACUUUGUGGCCGAAAAUGAGGAAACCGGGGCCGGUGCCACGGCCCUGGUGACCCCCGCUGCCUUAUCGCUCCUCAACGGAUUUCUCGAUAACCUCUUGUUUAAUAUUCUGGCGUCGUCAAAAUCGACCCAGCUUGCUUGUAUUCGACCUGCGAUGGCCGAUGUGUUAAAGCCCCGCUUAGCCAAGGAAGUUGUUUCCGCGGCCGAAGAAGAGUUGAGCGAAUUCAUGGGCGGGGCGGAAGAUGAGCAGACAGAAUUCCGCGGCGGUCAGGAACCCGGGGGUGAUUUUGAUCUGAUACGCUCAUGGAAGUUAACCCGUCUACGAUGCAUGGUCUACACACGACUAGGUGACAUGGAGGAGGAUGACGAGGACGAAUUUAUCGCGCAAGAUAGCCUUGGAGAGACGGAUGGAGCACCCCGCAGAUUUACAAGUCAUGUCGACAACAUCACACCAGCAGCUUCUAUUUUCCUCACCUCGAUCAUUGAAUACAUUGGCGAGCGUGCACUCGUCAUUGCUGGCGAGACAUCGCGGUCCCGUUUGUCGGCACAGCUCAAUAAUGGCGGUGAUGAGUCGAGUGGAUCCGGAGAACGGAAAAGAAUCGACCGACUGGUGGUGGAAGAUCUCGAUAUGGAGAAGUUGGCCCUGAAUGCAACCUUGGGUCGCCUAUGGCGUACCUGGAGGCAACGCCAACGCAGAACCACUCUUUCGCGAACCCUAUCUCGUGAAUCAUUCCGCCCUCGUGGAUACUCCAUGGCAAACAGCAGAAAGAGUAGCAUUGUCACAAUUGAGGAACCAGUGACUCCCAGUGAGCCUCUCCCCGCCGCGUUGCCGGUUUUUGACCCCGCUACUGUUCCCUUACCAAUGAGCGACUACGAUGUUCAAGAGAUUGAGGUCCCUGGCUACAUUGGGGAUCUAGAUGGGGUACAUGGGGAGGUACAGACCAUGGAGGCCGUUGUUGCUCACAAGGUGCGACCACGCAGUCUGAUGGUGUUUUCAUCGCCCUCGCUUGUGCCAAAAUCACCAGGUUCGGCAAACAGUUCGCCCGUGAGUGCGUCAGCUAUCGAACCCGGAAAAUUCAUCCGUCAUGUUCGUACGAGAUCUCUACCCAAUGGGGCACCCUCGCCCGACUCUUCUGAGGAUGAGCCAGAGUUCCCAACAGAUCACCCAUCACCCACCACAUCGGAGAAAACGCAACUUGAGACUAUGUAUGAGGAUGAUGAAUCGGCAGAAUAUGUGGAUGCAGCUGAGACAACUCCGGGAAUUGCUAUCACGACAGAACACGACGAGACAGCAUCCUUCGAAUCUGCAGCAGAAACUUCUGAAAAUGCGAGAAUGUCGAUCUUGCUCGAAGAAGAAGAGGAGACACCCGCAGUCAGCGAAAUGAUUGCAUCCUUGCGCGCCACCGCACAAGACGAAGACGCUACGACUGAUCAAUCUAAUAGUGCCCGUGUCUCCAUUGUGUCCUUGGGUGAUCGGCCGAAUCAGAAAGACCCAGAAGUGAUUGAGGGCACUGGGUUAUGCGAAAAACCUAAAUUGACUUCGACGAUACACCGACCAAAACGACAAACCUCUAGGGAUGUUAGUCUCCUUAAUGGAACGUCGAUCUCUGGACAAACUAGCGACUCUGAAUUGCAAGCUGUUGCGGAGAGUAAGCCUCCAAUGCAAGGGGUUGAGACCACGCCGGCCCCACCCGCACCCCCCAUCGAGGCUAUCACAUCAUAUAUCGAUCGUGACGCGACCAACGAAGAUCAGAGUAAGCCGAUCAUGACAGCCACGGCUUCGACUCGAUCAUCGGAGGAUUACCCCGAUACGGCAAACUCUUCACAAUCUCUCUCGCCCGAUAUGGCUCGCCCGAUUUCUGUUUCAGGUAUUUCGCAACGGUCGAAAAGUCGCCCCAGACCUGCUCCAUUGGAGGUGGCAGCCAGCAACCGAAGCCUCUCCGCCUCCGCAUCUGCCUCCACUGUUGAACGAGCGGCUGUUCAGCGCAUGUCUCGGCCAUCAAUCUCGAUGUCUUCAUCCAUCGUUAAAUCCCGCCGGUCUGGAAGCUUCGGCAGUGGUCGUGAGAACAUGCGUCCAGUGACUGCUGGAUCUACCACGUCGCAAGUGUCUAAUAAACUGAAGGGUAUCAUGGGUCGACCACAGGGUGACUCUAGUUCGCUGCGCAUGCGCAGCUCGUCUGAGACUAGUCGCGCAUCUGGCGGUAGCGGAGACUCCGUAGACGAUAUUGCAGACUUGGACAAGUUGAUCAAUAGUGAUGAGACUAUCCAUUACACCCUUACUCCCCGAAGUGUGAGGGAGAUGACCUUCCCUGACGCGUCCAAUCGCGCAGUUCCCCGAUCAGAGACGGCAGGCGGCGUCUCCGACCUGGCUGAGUUCUUGAACACCACUGCACCACCAGGUGAAGACCAACACCGCCCUCACGCCUCGGUCUCCUCAAGAGCUACUGGGGAGAUGACUCCAAUCUCCCACACCAAAUCUAUCGAGUCACCCAAACAUAUCCCGCUCACCACGCGCUUGACCAACAUGUCAUCAACGUCGAGGUCUAGCAAGAUAGGGCAGGCACGGGAUGCACGAGUUGCACCUUCUGAUUCGACACGCGACUUUGCGGACUUCAUGAGGUCGACUGGCCCUGCUAGUGGGCCAUAUGAGUUUAAGACCUCGAUCUCUGCCGAAGGCACACGGCCUGUUCGUCCUCCAUCAAAUGUCUCGACUACCUCCCGCGGAAAUCGACCUAAGCUCCAAGCUCGGUCUGCUGAGACGAAAGGAUUCCAGACCUCGGAUCUCAUCGACUUCAUUCGAGAGGGACCUCCCAUGCCGGGAGGUGCUCACCGUAUUCCUCGGACAGUUGCACCGUUCCGCAACACCAUUGAUUCGGAUGACCUUCUGAUGGAAACCACAACAUCCAGCUCCUUCGUCAGUACUGGUAAUGGAUCUACUCCUAAUAAAUCAUUGACAUCUCUUGGUUCACGGACCGGGUUGCUGGAUUCAAACCGAAGCAAGCCUACAGUGCAAGGAAGCGCCAUGGACUUCGAUGAGCCCAAGCCUGUUCGGAAGCAACGCCGUGCUCCAGAUCCCUAUGCCAUUGACGAUGACGACGAUGAUGCCCUUCUGGAAGAGCUUCUGGAAAGGGAAGCAAACCCCAAGCCCAGGCGCGAGGAAGAGAGCUUGAUGGAUUUCCUGCGCGAUGCCCCUCCUCCCCCUGAAGAACCUUCACAGCCAUUUGCAAUGAGUACCCCUGCAUCAAAUGGAGCAUCGGGGAUGAAAGCCCGCUUGCUCCGCACCUCCCAGACCUCCUUGCGCACACAAACCACCCCCAUGAAGGUCCAGUCCAACUACUCUGCCAAGGUUGGACAGGAGCGCAACAACGGCACCAUGCCUUCUAUCUCAAACCGCAAGACGGACACUGGUGAUUUGGCGGAUUUCCUCCGAAACACCGGGCCUCCUCCGGGCCCUAUGCGGGCUUCAUCAACACCGAUGGGCUCUAAGCCGAAGGAUGGUGGCAUCUCCCGUUUCUUCACCCGCCGAAAGAAGGUCGAGGCCUAA